AUGGAUCAGCUCAUUUAUCCUCUUCCUCCAAGUCCAAGGUGGUGGUCGAAAGAAACAACGGCCGUUGUGACCGGAGCAAACAAAGGUAUAGGUUUUGAGGUGGUGAAGAAGUUGUUGGAGCUUGGACUAACGGUAGUCUUAACCGCUAGAAACGCCAAAAAUGGAAGCCUCGCCGCCGAUUCCCUCCGCCGCACCGGCUUUCAAAACGUUCAUUUCUGUUGCCUUGACGUCUCUGAUCCUUCGUCCAUCACUGCCUUUGCCUCCUGGUUCCGCCACAACUUUGGAGUACUUGACAUUCUGGUGAACAAUGCCGCCGUUUCAUUUAACGCCGUAGGUGAUAAUUUAAUCAAAGAGCCAGAGACCACAAUCAAGACCAAUUUUUACGGUGCCAAGCUCUUAACGGAGGCGCUUUUGCCGUUGUUCCGUCGCUCGGUCUCCGUUAGCCGCAUCCUUAACAUUAGUUCAAGGCUUGGCGCUUUAAACAAACUGAGAAACCCUAGUGUAAGACAAACCCUAGAAAGUGAAGAGCUUACCAUCGAACAAAUCGAUGCGACAGUGACUCAGUUUCUAGAAGACGUGAGCAGAGGGACGUGGGAGAAGCAAGGAUGGCCGGAGAAUUGGUCGGACUACGCAGUCUCCAAGAUGGCUUUGAACGCUUACUCUAGAGUUUUGGCUCGACGUUACAACGGCCACAAACUAAGUGUGAACUGCUUCUGCCCUGGCUUCACACGUACGUCUAUGACCGGUGGUCAGGGAACUCACACGGCGGAGGAUGUUGCCGCAACAAUCGCCACGUUGGUUUUGCUUCCACCGGAGAAGUUGACCUCUGGCAAGUUUUUUAUGUUCUUAGAGCACAAGAAAAUCAUUUCCAGGUUGUGA